UCUCGUGUGUCGAAGGUCCUCCAAAGUGAGGCCCGGCACUGAAGGCAAGUCUGUCAAGCGGUGUGGCGGCGGUUACGGCCGCGAAUUAGCUCAGGCCUAGUGUACGGGUACUCGUCCACUCCUUCUUGCAGUUAUCCUCUUUCUUCUCCCACGGCGCCUCCGGGAGGCCUUGGCUCCCUGAGCGCCCAAGCGAGUGUCUGUCGGCAGGUUCGCAGAGGGCCAUGGAGGUGCGGCCGCCGGCGCCCCGGAGCUUCCUCUGCAGGGCGCUGAGUCCUUUCCCUCGGGUCUUUGCUGCCGAAGCUGUGGCCGCCGAUCCCAAGGCUCUUGUGGAAGACCAGAAGCUGCCUUCCCACGUCCCAGAACCCCAAUACCCGGAAUCCGGAUGGGACCGCCUCCGAGAGCUGUUUGUCAAAGAUGAACAGCAGAGAACGUCAAAAGAACUUCAGGAUAUUUACAAGGCGGCAAUUUCAGCAGGCAUCAUUGGCUGGGCAUAUGGGGGUAUACCAGCUUUUAUUCAUGCUAAACAGCACUAUAUUGAGCAGAGCCAAGCAGAAAUUUACCACAACCAGCUUGAUGCAGUGCAAUCUGCACAUCGUGCUGCCACACGAGGCUUCAUCCGGUACGGCUGGCGCUGGAGUUGGAGAACGGCCAUGUUUGUAACUAUAUUCAAUACAGUGAACACUGGUCUAAAUGUGUACCGAAAUAAAAAUGCCCUAAGCCAUUUUGUCAUUGCAGGAGCUAUCACUGGAAGUCUUUUUAGAAUAAACUUAGGCCUGCAUGGCUUGGUAGCUGGUGGCAUAAUUGGAGCCUUGCUGGGCACUCCUAUAGGAAGCCUGUUGAUGGCACUUCAGAAGUACUGUGGUGAGACAGUUCAGGAGAGAAAACAGAAGGAUCGAAAAGCACUCCAGGAGCUGAAACUGGAAGAGCGGAAAACCAGACUACACUUUACUGAGCUCCUCCCUGAAGAAAUUGAAAGUAAUUUACAGAAAAAUCGAUCCAAGGACGAUGCUAAGAAAAUUGAAGCACUGCUAAAUCUUCCUAGAAACCCUUCGUCAGCAGGUAAACAAAACAAAGACUGAACAUGCUCUGGACUUAAAACUCAUUGGAGAGUUGAAAGGAGCUGUGUCGCCAUGUCCAUUGAAUGCCAGUUGAUCGGACUGCUGACAGAUGUAAGCACUGGCAUCUGUAGUGGCAGUGACUUGCUCUUACUUUUUUUUUUAACCAAGAAUUGGGCUAUUGUACUCUUACUUUACUCAUCCUUAAAUUUAAGUACAUACUUGUAUCUACAUUGAUCUAUAUAUAUUUUUUUUUUUUUUUUUAAUAGCUACUUUAUUUAUUUAUUUUAUUUUAUUUUUGGCUGUGUUGGGUCUUCGGUUCAUGCGAGGGCUUUCUCUAGUUGAGGCAAGUGGGGGCCACUCUUCAUCGCGGUGCAGGGACCGCUCUUCAUCGCGGUGCGCGGGCCUUUCACUAUCGCGGCCCCUCCCGUCGCGGGGCACAGACUCCAGACGCGCAGGCUCAGUAGUUGUGGCUCACGGGCCCAGCUGCUCCGUGGCAUGUGGGAUCUUCCCAGACCAGGGCUCGAACCCGUGUCCCCUGCAUUAGCAGGCAGAUUCUCAACCACUGCGCCACCAGGGAAGCCCUACAUUGAUCUAUAUAUUUGACAUUAUAUCUAUAUUGAUUGAUCAAUAUAGAUUUCUUUUCCCUGGAUUAUACAAUAGUAAAUUAAGAUUUCCCAAAAGAUUAAAGUUGAAUUGUACAGGUUGUAAAUUUAUUCUUGUAGCCCUUUAAAAGAGUACUGCAGGGAUCACUAGGAGAAGGAGAGGAAGGAACCAGGUAAGGCAGAUGGUCUGUGAAACCCUUGUGCCCUUGAGUCCUAGAAACAGUAAGGACCUAAAUGUGUAGUCGUGUUUGGUUCUGUCUUAAUAAAAAUCAAAGAUGGUU